AAUCGCGUUUCUCUCGCCGUAGUCGCUACUCUUUGACCUUUCCACCUCUCUCAAUGAACUCAACGUGAACGCACCACCAAACAACAACAACACAACAACAACAUAACAACACAACAACAACUGUUGUUGUUAUUAUUGCUAACAACUCGUAAACUCCGCGCGCGCUAACACACAAACACUAGCAACCUCGUGAACAAACGAGAGUGAGGUGAAAAACAACAAUGAACUAUCCUCCUGAGAUUGAAUAACUAGUGACAAUAUUACAUUAACAUUUUAGUAAAACACUUAUUUGUGUUUUAUAUAUAUAUACAGAUAGAUAAAGAGGAAGGGUGGUGAAGUGAAGUGAAGUUGUGCCCGGCUCGCAAAGCCUGCCUCAGUAGGCCCACGGCCGCCUGCCUGAGGCGAGUUUAUUUAAAGACACAACAACAAAAAGAUCCGCCGCAAAUCACAAUGACGACCGCUCCCCGGCUCCUGCUGAUGUGCGGGAGACUUCGCGCCAUCGUAAGCAGAUUGCCCAGAGGCAUUGGGCAAGGUCAUAUGGCACAGAUGUCAUCGUCGUCGUCGUCGUCACCACCACCGUCAUCGUUACCAUCGUCAUCGUUACCAUCGUCACAGCCGCCGUCAUAUUCCAGUGGACUUGAUGGGUCACCGAGCGACGUUGACGUCAAAGCUCUGCUUCAGGAGGAGGACACGGCGGAUGAUGGCAGCGUCCGUGACGACAAGCGCGACAGCUCCGUGCUGCUCUUCCCGGGCCAGGGCAGCCAGUUCGUGGGCAUGGCUGCGUCGCUGGUGGAGAGGCACGAGCGGGCGCGGGCGCUGUUCGACGCGGCGCGUCGCGUCCUGGGCUACGACCUGCUUGCGCUGUGCCUCAACGGGCCUGCCGAGCAGCUAAACCGCACGCUGCACUGCCAGCCCGCCGUGUUCGUCACCUCGCUCGCCGCGCUCGAGACGCUGCACGAGGAGGAGCCGGAGGCAAUUGAGAACUGCAAGGCGGUUGCGGGCUUCAGUGUGGGAGAGUUCGCUGCGCUGGUCUUUGCCGGUGCCAUGGACUUCAGCGAAGCCCUGUACUGCGUGCAGAAGCGUGCGGAGGCCAUGGAGGCCGCGAGCUCGCAGGGUGGUGCUCCCCACGGCAUGCUGUCGGUGUCGGCGCGCCACGCCUUCCGCCCGCCCGCCGUGUGCCACGAGGCGCGCGAGCACUGCCUCUCCGCCGCGGCCGGCUCGGCCGAGCGGGUCGCCGAACCCGUGUGCCUCGUUGCCUCCUACCUGUGCCCCGACGUGCGGGUGCUGGCCGGUCACGUGCAGGCGCUGGAGUUUGUGCAGCGGCACGCGCGGCGCCUGCACGUGGUGCGCACGCGCCGCCUCCCCGUGAGCGGCGCCUUCCACACGCCGCUCAUGGCGCCCGCCCAGGAGGCGCUGGCGCAGGCGCUGGGCCGCGUCACGGUGCGGAAUCCCACCCUCCGCGUCUACUCCAACGUCACCGGGCACCCGUACAGCUCUGCUGGGCAGGUGCGCAACCUCCUCGUGCGUCAGCUGGUGGAGCCGGUCCUGUGGGAGCAGACGAUGCACGCCGUGUUCGACCGGCACGACCGACACGACGCGGGAGACGGGCGCAAGCGGGAGCGGAAGGACGACGAUUCGGAGCCCCGGCGAGGUUCCGAGGGCGGCGGCGGCGGCGGUGGCCACCGCUUUCCGCGGGUGUACGAGGCGGGACCCGGGAAGCAGCUGGGAUCGGCGCUGCGAGCCUGCAACGCGAAGGCGUGGUCCCGAUACCGAGCAGUGGACGUGGGGCCGAGGAAUGACGAGUGAUCGUCGGCGGAGAGGGGUGAUGGCGCACGACGCGUGAGUUGCGAUCCGACCGUCGCUUGUUCGCCCUGGGGAAUCAACCUCUGCUCCAACCCCCGCCCCAGUGCAUUAUGGACGUUGUUAAGGUCGCGCUCUUAAUUUUGGAGCUUUCGUGACUGCAGGAAUUAUUCUUUGGUUCUUUCACGUGACUUUACCGAAAGAACCAAAGAAUAAGGUCGCAAAUUUCGAUUUAAAGCUUUCGUGACUGCAGGGAUUCAUCUUAUUGGUUCUUUCGGUAAAGUCACGUAGAAGGGAAGUAAUAAAAUAAUAAAAAUAAAACAUAAUAAA